AUGCUUUUCUUGAUAGUCAAGAAACCUAAAGAGCAGCUUCCUCCGGGCCCACGGGGAUGGCCGAUCAUAGGGAACUUGUUCCAUAUGAUCAUGAACCGACCGGUUCAUGUGUGGAUCCACCGUUCCAUGGAGGAUAUGCAAACGGAGAUAGCUUGCUUCCGCUUCGCCCGGGUCCGCGUCAUCACCGUAACCUCAAGCGAGAUCGCCCGAGAAGUGCUUAGAGAAAAAGACGAGGCUCUUGCAGACAGAUCAGAGUCGUACUCGAGCAAUCUUAUUAGCCAUGGCUACAAAGAAAUUGUUUUCUCUUCCUACGGAGAGAAUUGGAAGCUGAUGAAGAAAAUGAUGACCACAAAACUAAUGUCUCCGACAACGUUGAACAAAACCCUCGGGUGCAUUAACGUGAGAGAUAUUGCCUUAACGUAUUGCCAUGCCGUGAUGAUGAGGAUGAUGUUUGGCCAGAGGCAUUUUGAUGUAGCCGCUGAGGACGGAGGUCUCGGGCCAAAAGAGAAAGAGCAUAUGGACGCAAUUUACCGAGCUCUAGAUUGUUUUUUCAGCUUUAAUGUAACGGAUUACUUACCUUUUCUUAGAGGAUGGAACAUCGAUAACGAGGAGGAGGAGGUCAGAGAAGCGGUUGAUAUCCUCAACAGAUGCAACGACCCGAUCAUCCACGAGAGAAUGCAUUCGUGGAGGAACAAAGGCGGUAAAGAGACUGAAGAAGAUUGGCUCGAUAUUCUCAUCACCCUUAAAGAUGACCAAGGAAUGCCUUUGUUCACAUUUGAUGAGAUUAGGGCUCAGUGCAAGGAUAUCAAUGUUGCAACAAUUGAUAAUACGAUGAAUAAUGUGGAGUGGACGAUAGCAGAGAUGUUGAAUAAUCCUGGGAUUCUUGAGAAAGCCACUACUGAAUUGGACGUGGUAGUUGGUAAAGACAGACUUGUGCAAGAAUCAGACAUACCACAACUCAACUACAUCAAAGCUUGUAGUAGAGUAUCUUUCCGGCUUCACCCAGCUAAUGCCUUCAUGCCUCCGCACGGAGCCCGACAAGAUACUACUCUUGCUGGUUAUUUCGUUCCCAAAGGUAGUCAAAUUCUUGUGAGCCGUCUAGGGCUUGGUCGCAAUCCUAAUAUAUGGGACGAGCCUAACGUGUUCAAGCCAGAACGCCACCUUUCUGGCCAUGUUGGAAACUCAAUGGACGUGACUUUGAUGGAGCCUGAGAUGAGGCUUCUUCAGGGGUUCGAAUGGACCCUCCCUAAUGACAAAAGUCAAGUCGAGCUUGUUCCAGCGGACAGUAACUUGUUCAUGGCCAAACCUCUACUCGCAUGUGCGAAACCAAGGUUGGCUCCAACUUUAUAUCCGAAAAUACAGGUCUAA